GUGGAGCUGCACAAGGUGCUGUUCAACCCGUUCGUGCUGUACGGCGAGGGCGGCGAGGAGUCUGCGCUGCGCGGGGCGCUGGCCCCGGGGCUGCUGCGAUUCGACCCGCACUUCUCCCCGCAAGUGUCGCAGCACCUCUUCGAGCGCGACACGCCCCCCUCGGGCCCCUCGGCCGCCGCGCGGCCGCCCGGCACCGCCCCGCUCAAGCCCUGCGGCCUGGACCUCGUCUCCCUCAACAUCCAGCGCGGCCGCGACCACGGCCUGCCCGCCUACCCGCUGUGGCGCCGCCACUGCGGCCUCUCAGAGCCCAAGGACUUCGCCGACCUGCAGGGCCUGCUGGACGACGAGUCGCUCGCGCGCAUCGCCGGCAUUUACAGGUCCGUGGACGACAUCGACCCGUACACGGGGAUGCUGGCGGAGGUGCCGUUGCCGGGGGCCAUGCUGGGCCCCACGCUCACCUGCAUCAUCGCGGACCAGUUCGUGCGGAUGCGGCGCGGGGACCGGUACUGGUACGAGACCGGGGAGCAGCCUCAAGCCUUCUCGCCU